AUGCGUUUUCACGCUUCCGCGGUCGCGGAUCUUCAUACGGUCGCCUCGUGUAGCGUACGGUCGAGUGGUGGGGUGCCGAAUAGUCUAGCGCUGUGUACGAGCCACGCGCGCUGGUUGUCUUUAGAGCACGUCAUGACUGCGCUCUUCGUGGGCUACAUUUGUUACACUUCGCCUCCGUCGCCCUCCCUCCUUAUCUUCCGGCUUCGACGUCUGCUUUAUCUUAGCCCAUUGACUGAGUUCCGGAAUGGCGGUGAUUCACACCGUUCCAGACCCCUCCUGGGGACACCGCAUAAGUACAAAAAGGGUGACGUGGUGAAGACACCCAGUGGGAUCAGGAAGAAGUUCAACGGGAAACAAUGGAGAAGAUUGUGCUCCAAAGAUGGCUGCACGAAGGAAUCUCAGCGCCGGGGUUACUGUUCUCGUCACUUGAACGUCAAAGGGAAAGGCGUUGGCACAAGUGGUGGUGCUUCCCACCCCCAAUCUUCCCAGGGUGCUGACGCCACGGCGACGAACGCUUCCAGCCACGGGGCGCAGGCUGGCGUGUCUGUGUUGCCUACAUCGAGCGGAACUAGUUCGGGACCCUCCCCGCGAAAUGUCAAUUUCACGCAAAGGAAGUCGAAGGAGCAUGAUGGUGACUGGGAUGCGGAAAUGCAAGGUUAUUCCGAUCGAUCUCAGCAAGGUACCAACCGCCUCACUGGAUGCUUUGAUCAAGAGGAAACCGAAGCUGCGAAUCUUCUGGUGUCUUUGGGGAAUUCACGAUCGGGAACUCCUGCGUACCAAAGCUUGUCUGGAACGGAUUCACCGCUCGGCUCUCAUCCAGUGCCUCCUCACCAGAACUACUUUUUGCCGAUCAGUCAGGCUCAUGCAAGUCAUGGACAGCACGGUUCGUCACCAGGCUCUGCGGGCAGUUCUUACGUUUCCGUUCCACUCGCUCCCCCGCCCCCGCCACAACACUCCGCACAUUCUGGAUUGGGACAAACAUCGCAGUGGAGUGGUCCAUCUGACCUCGGGUCACCGUCCAGCCGACAUCAAGCUCUCAUCCUUUCACCGGGUCCAAAAAAUGUUGUACGACCGGAGCUGGUUAGACCAGCCCCAAUGGUUUCUGAUGCGACCAGCAUCCGUUGCCCACCUGACACGUCGGUGAUCCAUGCUCACAUGGGGAGUCAGACGUCGAAUCCUAGUCACUCCGUUAGUGGAGGCUUUUCUCCCAUCGGAAUGAGUCAAGUUGCGAAGCCUGGAGAAACUGUGAUUAAACGUCCGAUUGUCAUCGAGGCAUCGGUAGAAGGAGCCAGCCACGAUGAAGAACAGUCCGUUUUGUUGCACAAAGCGCUUGUUGCGCCUCAUACUCAUGCACAUCUAAUUCCCGUCGGUUCACAACAUCGACCGGUGCCCAUGUACAUGUGCGGCACUGGCCAAAAUAUGGUGAAAACGCCGGCACAGGUCCAAAUCGUGACCCCAGGCUGUCACACCUCUGAAACGAUCUACUUGAUCCAAGGAAGAUCGAGUGUUUCGACACGGUCGGGACACCUUGUCGUUCCGAUCGAGAGAUAUGGUGGAAAAGAUGAGAACGAGAGCAAGAAGCAUCCGUUUUCUAUGGAUGCUGGAGUGAGUGCACAUAAGAUUGAAGGUGAAUGCGGUGGAGUGGAUUACGCUGGUCUUUCAGUCAGGACUGCUACUGGCUCUCCCGUUGUUGUCAGCGGUCAUGGUAACCCAAACGGGGAAGCCCGGGGCAUGCUUUCGCAUCCGGAUCAGCCGGUUGCUUUGCAUGCCCCGGCUCAGGAACAAGGCGUUAAGCACAACGGUCCCGGCGUUUAUGGCCCGGAAGACUUCGACGACGCUCCGGACGACGACAUUCACAUGCACGUUGUUACUGACGAAGACGAUGACGUUUUCGAACCUAGUGACGAGUCUAUGGGGAGCGAUUGUCGUUUGGGGAAGCGGAAAUCUGAUCCCUCCGUCCCGAAUCACCAGACAUCCUAUUCGAAUGCUAAAGACGAGCCGAAGAGUCCCAGAAAGGGAAAGGACAAGGAUCAUAUUCGCCGUCCCAUGAAUGCUUUCAUAAUUUUUUCCAAGAGGCAUCGUCCACUGGUCCAUCAGCGUCAUCCAAACCAAGACAAUCGCACCGUUUCCAAAAUUCUCGGGGAAUGGUGGUACGCCCUGGGCCCGGACGAAAAGAAAAAGUAUCACGAUCUUGCUUACCAGGUGAAGGAAGCGCAUUUCAAGGCCCACCCGGAGUGGAAGUGGUGUUCGAAAGAACGAAGAAAGUCGUCGACUUCUGGUGGGCCGCCAGGACCUUUGAAAGACAAAGUCGAUCGUGAUUUCUUUCGGAAUCGCAUGUGUUCGGCUGAUGAAUACGCGGAGGCUGCAAUCGCCGGAAAUGUUUCCCUACCUUCUACUCCUGGUGUUGGCACGACGAGCAGGAAUUUUUUUCCCGCUGAAGUUAUCACAUCCGAUGCACGGCUUCAGUCAGGAGGCUCCUAUUCCGAGGAUGGUAUUCCACGCGAUCCAGGAAAGGGCCUCGAUUUGUCCGCUGGGCGAAAAUUUGGGGGACCGGAACCACCGCAAGAUUAUAUUCUUCGCGCUGCGAAGCUUUAUCCAAAUAUGCAAGCGUAUCAACCAUCUUCCACGGUAUCGCCACCCGCGGUGGAAAUUUCGUGUAACCCUCCCAGUUCCACCUCGUGGAAUGCUGCACAUGCUGUGGACAACAAAGGGCAGUCUGCUCAUAGAAAGCAGAAUAUCAGCAUUGAUUUGAAAUGUGAAGAGCGUGUUGCGGCGUCCGAUUCUGAGACGGAAGGACCGGACUCGGCGAAUGAGUUUGAGGAUGAACCUUCGUCAUCAACUGGCGUCAAUCGGAAUCCUCCCGCACCAACGCAUGCACCGGAUGCUGUGUUUCAUUAUCCGCAACAAAGGUUCAGUCCUUUGAUUUCCGGUAACCGACAUUUGGAAGGAACGCAUAAACCGAAGCCGAUCAAAGGAAGACCGUCGGUGUUGAUGAGAGAUGGAAAUCAGUUCGGAAUGUCGACUGGUUUGUCCUCACCCGUUUCACCUUCGGCGAGAUUUUCUUUCAAAUUGCCUUCUCCGGGAGGAACGGGACGAACUGGAGCUAGUGCCUUCAAAUCAAUGCCUCCGUCGCCGAGGACGUUGAAUAUUCCUCGUUUGGCGACAGUGACAUCAAGUGCUCCUACGUCACAAUUCAGCGAUCAGAACUAUGCGGCGGAUUCUACGCAGUCACCAGGGGCUACGCAUCAUGUGCAGGCAUCCAGCAUAUGUCUUGUUGGAAAUGUGCCAAUGUCAGUGAGCCAGAAUCAACCUAUGUACAAGACUGUGUAUGCGGCUAGCGGUUCUCAAGAUCGCGGAUUGACGCGAAGUCCUCAAAGUCAAGGUCGAAUAAUAGUUGCGGAUAAUCCAGCCCGUGUGAGCAUGUCCCAACCACAAGGAAUGAUUCUAGUUCCAACUUCGAUGAUGGGGGCCCAAAUGUCGUCCAACUCAGACCUGAAAUGUUCUAAAGCUGUACUGGUACCAGCGAUGACAACCCGAGUGCAAAGCAUGAAUUCUUCGGUUUUGGGUAACAAAAUGGAACAGUCAUCAACCGGUAUCAAAAAUCUUCAAAGAAACUCGUCGUAUCCAAUGCCUGUAGUUUCAUUUUCGAGUGGGAAAGUUCAAAAUGUGAAUUUACAAGGUAAUGGUGGAAAGAGCAUCGAGUUUUUCGCGCAUUUAGGAGAGGGAAAGGAAUCAGGUUCUAUGCCGACAGGAUCCAAUCACUUUCCGAAGAAUAGAACUAACGCCGUCGGUCAUCAAGUCGAAGACGGCCCCUUAGUGUCACCGGGAACAUCUCGUCGCUACCAGACGUCUUCGAACUCUAUUUCCACUUUGCAAACUUUUAGAGUUAAAGCGGCUACCGUCACUAUACCAGCUGCCCAACAAAGUAUACAAGUUUGCACGAAUGAUCCUGAAGAAGGAAAACCUCCGGAAAUUUCGGCUGAAGGUGUUCUUAAAUUAGCUCCAACACCUGCUCAGCUAGGAAAAGCUCCUCUGCAAAGGCGUAGGAUAGAGUCUCAAGAUGAAAAAGGUCGACUGGAUAGUCCUGAUGAUGGGGUGUCUUCUAAUUCUCUGAAUGACGGUGAGAUGGAGGAAGAUGCCGCAAACGAUCUGGAAACUGGAUCUCCCCGAAAAGGUGUUUUCUUCAAAAAAUCCAUGGACGAUGGUAUGGAGAAGGUGCUUGAGCAGGUCAAUUUUCAAGAAAAAUUCUCUUCUCUACCGGAAUUUAGACCUUCCGAGGGUCAGGUUAGCCCGGGACCACCACUCUCUCUGCCCUCAUCCCCACGCAUUCUCAUUCAAAGCUAUCGGAAAAAAGGUAGAGGCGGAAAAGAGGAUAGUGCAGAUCCAGCACCGGUUUCUCCGAGCCCUCAACCAUCUUCUGGAACGAUGAGUGCCAAACUUGUCGGACAGUCCUUCUUCGGUCCUGACUUCAAUCCAGAAUCCAUUAAAAACAACAAUGAAAGACCUGAUGAUGUUGAUCCUAUUUCUCCAAAUUUGACGUCUCCGGCUACCCCGCGAACACCUCGCAGUGAGGUACAGGGUCAUGGAUCCGGAAAUGUUUCUAGUUUAAGAAAGACACUUGACAAACGGCGGCAAUUGGUCAUGGAAUUGUUUCGCGAACAAGGCCUUUACCCGACAAGCGGCCCAGAAGAAAGAUCGAACCGACGAAUUUUGUCUUCAGAUGUUCAGUCAACGAGUCAUGUGACUUCAUCUUCGACCGUUUCCACGUCUUCUCCGGUGCAUGGAUCUCGAGACGAUGGCAAGUCCAAAACAGUCGUUCAUGCACAUGACCCCUACGGUGAAGAAAAGGCACAAGAUUUUUCGCCGGCAUGCGUACCUGGCACCACCUGUGCCGUUUGAUUCAUCGUGGUGACAGGUUGGAUUGAUAAUUUUGAAGCAGAUAGUUUGCAGGAUCGUAAGUUUUCGUUCUAAGGUAGGAAUUUUACCUCUGGUAAUCAUAGGGCAUAUUAGUCAAUUCGAAACGUUGGUUUGCACGGCUUAAAGAAAGUAAGACGGAGUUGUGCGACUUUUCCUUUUAAGUUACCGAGUGCUCGGUACAGGCUUUCAUUUGCGGACGAUGGGAAUUGUACAAAUUAAUUUACCUUGAACGUAAUGCCAUAUGUAAGGCAUUAAGCGUUCUUUCGAAAUUUCCGUCAACUCUUGUUCGGAGUGGUUUUUCGUUUUGCGCUUAUUUCGCCGAUCGGGGUAUUGUGUAGCGUUGAGAAUGAUCGUGGACUUGUUUGUGCUCAAAAAAGAUGUUUCUGUUUUUAUGCCGGCUUCAAAUGAAUCGGAGAGUUGUGGAUUUGCCGAAAAGCCGCAAUGUGUGACAAUCGAAAUAAUAUAAAUUGCAGCGAUCGUUAAGAUUAUUUGGAAAUUUGUUUAUGCCUAGUCAAUAUUAUACAUAUUUGUCUUUCCAUUGCCCUGCCGCUGGGAAGCAAAUGUAUUUUCUUGGGCUUUCAGUAGAUGGAGUUUGAGACGAAUGAAUCCCUGUUAUGAUACGAUUAGUAGAACAGGACCUGAUUUGAUCUUCCACUUUCAUUUUGAUUUUUAACGGGAUUGUGCGUUUUUUUAUUGACUUCCAAUUGUUCAAAGAAUGUGCAUAUGUUGGCCCAUACACAAUGCGUCGCUCACGCUUGGGCAUGCAAAAUUGUGACCUGAGAGUAGCUAAGGAGUUAUUACGGUUAUGUGAAAAGAUUGAGGAUGACAUCAGUCCUACCUGUGCGGUGCCCAUGACUUUGAUAAGUUAUUUGGAUUUUUUUUAUGCCAUCAUGCAAUGAAGCAUGAGGAACGGGAGCAGGUUAAAAACAACGCGUUCAUUCCAAUUUUUCAACGCCUCCCAUCCCUCCCAACUUUAGUAUUUUGAAGCGAUUCGUCGGCAGAGAAUCUCUGGCAUUUUGAAUGUGUACCUGAUGCAAUAUGCCUGCCGACAGUGUUUUUUCAUGUUAACCAUCUGCAAAUGCUUGAUUUCUCACAAAUUCCUCAUGAAUCAUGCGUGACGGUUGACAAUGGAACGUACUAACAAAUGAGCUGGGCUCGCGGAGCAAGAGGCUUCAUGUUUACGAGCUUUAAAAAGCGACCAUGCUUCACUUCCUCUGGCAAUAACGGGGCGAGAAACCGGUGGCGGGUUGAAGUUUUACUAAGCAACACAAAUAAGGGUUUUGUUAGCGAUCAACUGUAAACGGCUUGCCUGUCGUGCUCGUGCCCUGCUUGUGACGUUUAGCGCACGUUCACUCCUGCUGCUCGCGUACAAGGGUUGGGUAUUUGAGGAACUGUGAUAAAGAAUUUUAAUUAAUGCGAAAUAGACAUAGCGAAGCGAUAUUUAUUGUCCAGCCGCGUCUCGGGAAUCAUAUGGAAGAAGACAGGUGGACCUCGCAUCUUCUCUCGGUUGUUGCCUGAACUGUUUCUUUUGAUUGUUUUUUUUUUUCGUUGCUGUGUGAUAAUUGAUUUUGCGCCAGAAAAGCGAAUUUCAGACGUGAGGAAUCGGGGGAAUUUCGAUUGACCAGGAGUUCUCGAUUCAUUACCUUGGUCGUCCAGAACUGAGUGCUGGUAUCUUGAGGAAUUUUUUGUUGUGCGAAUCGUAACCGGUUGUUUCUGUUUUUAUUUGGGUAUGAGCUCUGUGACCUCACUCGGUGAGCAAGAAAGGGACAUUGAGAGCAUCUUGCUUUGUUCGGAUUUCCGCGUCGUCGUCGAGUGUACAACGUACCUGGGGUUUAUUUUUCACUUUUGGCGGAAACGUGCGAGGCUAAGAAUUGAUCCGACCGCGGACGUUGGAUUAUUUUUAAAUUUCAUCUCGGAGCGAUUCCCCUGGGUGUGCAUUGCAUUGCUUCCCGUCUCCGUUAGCGAGAGUCGGGUAGCCCCUCGAAUUGGGCAUCAUUCCCAACUCUCUCCGUCCUAUCCACCGCAACUUUCGGCUCCUGCAUGCGGCAGGUCUUCAUCUGCCCCCUGACAUGCUUCCUUGUUUCAUGGUGUGACGUUGAUCUUGAAUACCUCGGAUCCGGAUGCAAACGUGGGAUGGUUAUGUUUUGCCCUUGCAAUUUCGUCAUCGUUCGUGUCGCUAUGAGGUUGAACGCAAAAUGCAUUCAUGCGCGUUAUGCUCAUUUAUGAAAUAAAAUAUUUUGAAAUACC